GAGCCCUUUGGAUCACACAGCAAGGAGUCCUUCUCUCCCUCUUGGCCACUCUGCUUGGAACUUGACCUGGGUCAUGAGAGAUACGUCCCCUUUCUUCUCCCACAGAGGACGACACAUAUUUGACUGCAACUUUGAAUCUCCUUGUGAGCUAGAAUACUCCUUUACCUCAAAAGAUCAGGAAACCCCCAACAAUGCCUGGGUCAGACUGAAUGCAGAGGAAGUCUCACAGCUAAACCUCCCAGAUGGGCCGGACAGAGAUCACUCUGAGAGCACACCCAAAGGUUCUUUUCUGUUUCUCAAUGCAUCAGAGAGGCCGAGCCCCACCAUCCUGAGCCCUUGGCUGAGGAGCAACAGCGACCAAUGUGUAGUUCAAGUGGCUGUGUACAAGUUUUACCAGCAGAGUGGAGAAUACAUUGCUCGUGUCCAUCCCAUUGAUGAGAGCAGCAGCGAAACCCUGUCAGAGGAGAGGCCAGAGAAACACGGAUGGGUGUUGCUUCAAAGGAGAGUUGGACACCUGGAGAAACCAUUUCGGAUCUCCCUGGAAUAUGUUCCUAAUGGGAACAAGAGCGUGGCAGCCGUGGAUUCCUUUGCCAUGAAGAACUGCAGUUCAGGAUCUGCCGCUCUCUCAAAAAUGGCUCUGGAGGGCUCCUUCAGCUGCUGGAAUGGAACAGUGAUCAGGCUGGGGCAGGCGUGUGACUUCAUCCAGGACUGUGCUGAGGGAGAAGAUGAGGGAGAUAUGUGCAGAAAGCUUCCCUCUGGCUUUUACUGCUCGUUCGAAGAAGGGGAUUGUGGCUGGACGCCAGGCUCCUCUGCGUCCCAUCCUUCUCCAUGGCGGAUCGGAAGCCUGGAGCACAAGCGCUUCCCUUCCAUAGAAGGUUGUGCACUCCUCCUUAACACCAGCAAGGCACCAGCAGUAGCAAAGACUGUCAUGACCAGCACGACAUUUCCAGCUCCUUUGAGGAACUCCCCCUGUGAGCUACGAAUGUCAUGGCUCAUCCACGGUGUCCUGCUGGGAAAUGUGUCCCUGGUGCUGGUGGACAACAAGACGGGAAGGGAGCAGAGCUGGACGUUUUGGCAUUCUGAGAACAGCGAAGGAUUGGGAAUAUGGCAGUGGAUGACCUUAUCUCUCCCAGAGAUACUGGAUAGGUUCUGGUUUCAGAUCACCGCUUCAUGGGAAGAAGGCUCUGAUGCCAUUAUUGCUUUUGACAAUGUCUCCCUUAGUCUGGACUGUUAUUUAACAAUCAGUGGAGAGAAGACACCUCGAGGUACCACUCCAGACUCAAACAAUUUGCUCACCAGUAGAGGUGUCCAGAAGAAGUUUGGAUGGGAACAAAAGCUCCUGGGAAAUCUCCAGCUCAGCAGUGCCCCCUUUUCUGAUCCAGCAGAUCAGUGGUUGUUCACAACCUGUGGUGCCAGUGGACCCUACGGCCCCACACAGAGCCAGUGCAACGAUGCCUACAGGAACUCCAAGCUCCGAGUGGUGGUGGGAGCUGAAGGGAUUCUCCAAGGCAUCCAGAUCUGGAGAGUACCAGCAACCAACACAUACAGCAUCUCAGGUUAUGGAGCUGCAGGUGGGAAAGGAGGGAAGAACACCAUGGUGCGGUCCCACGGCGUGUCUGUGCUGGGAAUUUUUGAUCUGCAGAAGGAUGAUACGCUGUAUAUCUUGGUGGGACAGCAAGGAGAAGAUGCUUGUCCUAGUACAAAUGAUGUUAUCCAGAAAGUCUGCAUCGGAGAGAACAACGUGAUCGAAGAAGAGAUUCGUGUGAACAGAAGUGUCAAUGAAUGGGCAGGAGGAGGUGGUGGUGGGGGUGGUGCCACUUACAUAUUUAAGAUGGAGAACGGAGAACCGGUCCCCUUGAUAAUUGCAGCAGGGGGUGGUGGCAGGGCCUACAGGGCCAAAACGGACACAUUUCAUCCAGAAAGACUGGAGAAUGAUUCCUCUAUUCCAGGGUUGAAUGGAAAUUCAGGAGCUGCAGGUGGUGGAGGUGGCUGGAAUGAUAACACUUCCUUCCUGUGGUCAGGAAAAUCCUUGCUGGAAGGUGCUACUGGAGGAAGAUCCUGCCCCCAGGCCAUGAAGAAGUGGGGGUGGGAGACAAGAGGGGGUUUCGGAGGGGGUGGAGGGGGGUGCUCCUCAGGUGGAGGAGGCGGAGGAUAUAUAGGUGGCAAUGCUGCAGUGGACAAUGACCCAGAGAUGGAUGGGGAGGAUGGUGUGUCCUUUAUUAACCCAAUUGGUACUUUAUACACUCCAGCACUUAAAGUGACAGAGGGGCACGGAGAGGUGGAAAUUAGGCUGCACCUUAACUGCAGUCAUUGUGAGAUGGACGAGUGCCAUGUUGAUCUUGAGACUCAAAAAGUCAUUUGCUUUUGUGAGCCAGGCACAGAAUUGGCAGAGGAUGGUGUGUCUUGCACAGCUGAGCCAGUGGUUCGUCUCCCUUUCUCCUUGGUCUUGUCUGUAGUGACUUCAGCAUUGGUGGCUGCUUUAAUUUUGGCUUUUUCAGGAAUCAUGAUAGUGUAUCGCCGCAAGCACCAGGAGCUGCAAGCCAUGCAGAUGGAGCUGCAGAGCCCAGAGUACAAACUGAGCAAGCUGCGCACCUCCACCAUCAUGACAGACUACAACCCCAACUACUGCUUUGCAGGGAAAACCACGUCCAUUAGUGACCUUAAAGAGGUGCCUCGAAAAAACAUCUCCCUCAUCCGGGGUUUGGGCCACGGAGCCUUUGGUGAGGUAUAUGAAGGUCAGGUGACAGGGAUCCCCAGCGACCCCACUCCCUUGCAGGUGGCUGUGAAAACAUUGCCAGAAGUGUGUUCAGAGCAAGAUGAGCUCGACUUCCUCAUGGAAGCUCUCAUUAUUAGCAAGUUCAACCACCAGAACAUCGUGCGCUGCAUCGGGGUGAGCUUGCAGGCCCUGCCCCGCUUCAUCCUGCUGGAGCUGAUGGCUGGAGGAGACCUGAAAUCCUUCCUGAGGGAAACACGCCCUAGACCGAAUCAGCCCUCCUCCCUCUCCAUGCUGGACUUGCUCCACGUGGCCCGUGACAUUGCUUGUGGGUGUCAGUACCUGGAGGAGAACCACUUCAUUCACAGGGAUAUUGCUGCCAGGAACUGCCUCCUUACCUGUCGAGGGCCUGGGAGAGUGGCUAAGAUUGGAGACUUUGGAAUGGCCCGGGAUAUAUACAGAGCCAGCUACUAUCGUAAGGGUGGGUGUGCAAUGCUGCCUGUCAAAUGGAUGCCUCCUGAGGCUUUCAUGGAAGGGAUAUUUACAUCAAAAACAGACACAUGGUCCUUUGGCGUAUUGCUGUGGGAGAUAUUCUCUUUGGGAUACAUGCCCUACCCCAGCAAAAGCAACCAGGAGGUUCUGGAGUUUGUCACCAAUGGAGGAAGGAUGGAUCCACCUAAAAACUGCCCUGGCCCUGUCUACCGCAUUAUGACCCAGUGUUGGCAGCACCAGCCUGAAGACCGGCCAAACUUUGCCAUAAUCCUGGAGAGGAUUGAGUACUGCACUCAGGAUCCCGAUGUCAUCAACACCGCCUUGCCGGUAGAAUAUGGCCCAUCGGCCGAGGAGGAGGAGAAGGUGGCGAUGCGCCCCGACGAUCCAGAAGGAAUUCCUCCUCUCUUGGUCUCAACACACCAAGACAGAAAGGAUGAUAAGCAAACCCUGCCAUCUCCACCACCCCUGCCGUCAGCCGUCACUGCUGGAAAAUCUCUAGGCAAAGUGGGAGCCUUGGAACAGCCAGCGCCGGGAAAGGUGCAGUCAGCCACAGGGGGGGGACACAUCAACAUGGCCUAUGCCCAGUCCAAUCCCCCUUCAGAGCUUCACAAAAGCCGGGGCUCCAGAAACAAGCCCACCAACCUCUGGAAUCCAACCUACGGCUCCUGGUUUGCAGAGAAGCAGGCCAGCAAAAACAGUUCUCUGCUGGAGAAGGAGAGGCCCGAGAGGGAGAAUCUGGGACAGGAAGGAAACUGUACUGUGGGGCCCAACAUUGUGACUGGCAGGCUGCCAGGCUCCUCCCUGCUCUUAGAGCCAUCUUCCCUAACCGCAAGCGUUAAAGAAGUGCCUCUCUUUAGGCUCCGCCACUUCCCCUGUGGGAAUGUCAACUACGGAUACCAGCAGCAGGGCUUACCCUUGGAAAGCUCCACACCACCUUGCGCUAGCAGUUACGAGGACCCUGUCCUUAGAAACAAGAGCCACAUAACCCAGCAGGGGCCCUGAGAGCCCUCGACCCUCUCUUGACUUUUCCCCCCCGUGGCCCCUGAGCCUUGAAGAGAUGUCCUGUUACCCAGCACACCACGAGCAAGGCAUCGGACAGCAUCACCUCCUGUUUUGUGCAAACUUGCUCCAAAAGUGCCACCCUUGAUGCUGUAAUUUCUACUAACCCGAGUGGCUUCAAACCAGCGGAGCCCCAGCAGAGUCAAAGGAACGAGGGGGAGGGAGGAUGCAGGGAACUGUUGUCAACUGCAAGGCCCAGCUGCUGUUGCAUCAACUCAUCCGCAUGGUUGUCGUCAUGCCCUUCCUGUGAGCUUUUCCCAGUCGUGCGUCCUCUGCUUCCGUGUCAAGCCGCGGCUCACUGCCAUGAGUGUUUCAUGUCCAGGCUUUUCCGUGCCAAACUUGUCGUUGCUGUGGAAGACCUGGAGGUCUCCUGGUGCUGGCAGAGCUUGUAGUGGGUUUGGGAAGAGCGUCCUCUAUCCAAACCAAAAAAAAAAAAAAAAAAAAAAAAAAAAACAAUGACAGCGCUGAAUGGUGACGCGAUGGCACGUUCUCAAGUCUUGGUCCAGCUGCAAUCCAGUCUUCGAAAGUCCUUGAAUGCACAGUGUUGUGGGGGUGCUGGCAGGGCAAUGGAAAAACCCUGGUCACACUGCAUCACUUGAAGGGGAGGGGAGAGGAAGCAAAGGAUGGGUGUAGAUGCUACAAGGCAUUCAGGGGGCAGGCAUUGUUUUUGGCUGGGGUUUUCUUUGGUUUGUUUUUGUUCACCUAUGCUUAAGCACCAGAACCCAGUAAAGCCCUUUAAAAUUGCUUCUGUCCUACAAAAGUAGGGAUGCCCUUCAUCAGGAACGUGGAAGUGUCAAGUGGAAUCAAGGUGAAGCUUUAAUGGACCAUGGUCAUGAGAGAGACUUUCACCAUGCCCUGAAAAGGGACAGCCACCUGCAUACCUCGAAGGUUUGAAAUAGCCUUUGACAUACACUGUAUGAACAACACCAUAAAGACAGAAGACUACAUCGUGCCACUGUCUGGAAGCCAGAUACUGUCUGUACUGAAGGGUUUAGAGCCCUUUUUCCUUUGGCAAAAUACGUGUAUGAUAGUGGUUUAAGGACAAACACUCCAUUGACUCACUUUGUACACCCCGUGCAUGAAAAAUAUUCCAGUUAAGUGUAUUGUCAAAACAUAGAUGUAGGAUAUAAUUCAUGUGUAAAGAUGUGCAUUAGUAACUUCAGCUUGGGGUUUGGAGGAGCUGUUUUAGCAUGAUUGCUGUCCAAAAAAGGGGUGCUUAUUUCCAUAGAAAUGGGAGUACUGGAGCAUCAGCAAAGGAGUGGGAAGGUGUUCUUCAGUCUGAGACUCUUCAUUUCAGUGAAGUAACCCUGAGUCUGGCCCUGGAUCCAAACAUUGAGUGGAAAAGCGGGAAGCAGAAUGAUCUACAGGAUGUAAAGCACAACUGGGGAAAAACCCUGUGCUUAUGCUCUGGAAAUGGCUCAUUUCCAUGUGGAUGUUACCUGGUUUCCUACAGAAGAUAAGUAGGUUUCU